CAAUUUACAGUAUAGCAUUGAACUUGGUCGGGAGUUCGCGGAAAGCAGCGCGUCCGCGUCGUAGCCGCCAAAUAAUUAAUUUCUGCAUUCAGUUAAGAGAGUUUUGAGCGUCCGUUUCGCCUAGCAUAAAGAUGCUCCUGUCGCUGUGUUCCGCUUUGCUGUUCGGCCUGGCACUAGGUGCCAGUGGUGCCUCCAAUUUCCCUGCUGAGCUGCCCCGUUGUCAUUAUGGCGACACCGACUGCAUCAUCAAUGUGUCUCACAGGCUGAUUCGUCAAUAUGCGCGCACGGGCUAUGCGCCCGCGGCCUUUCCACAGGUGGAACCGUUCCUGGUCAAGCGCUUUGACAUCUCGGAUGGACGCACCGGCUCGCUGAGCCUGAAGCUCAACUUCCGCGAUGUCAACGUGGAGGGCUUGUCCGGUGUUAAGUUUGACAGGGCCGUUGGGUUUGGCACAAAUCCGGCCAGCAGCAAGUUUGAAAUGUACGGCUCCUUCCCCAAGAUUGUGCUGCGUGGCAAGUACCUUGCCGAUGGACGUAUUCUAAUCCUGCCCAUACGCGGCGAUGGCGAUGCUGAUAUUACCCUGCACAAUCCCAAGUUUUCGGUCAAGUUCAAGCCGGGCACACAGUCGCGCAACGGACGCACCUAUCUGAGCGUGGACAAGCUCAAGGUGCUCGUGGAGCCACAGAAAAUGAACAUAAAGCUGACCAAUCUCUUCAAUGGCGACCAAGCGUUGGGCAACAAUUUGAACCAGUUUCUGAACGAGAACUGGUCCGAAGUCUGGAGCGAGCUGCAGCCCUCGGUGCAUGUCGCCAUUUCGGAUAUUAUGAAAAACAUUCUGGCCACUUUGUUCAAGCGUUUCGCCUACGAGGAUCUGUUUUUGGAGGACUAAAGCGCCGCGCCCGGAAUGUGACAGACCUUAAUAUAGACGUAGAUUUAUAUCUUUAGCUAUUAACGUGUACGUGUACGAGUAUUUUUCUUCACAAACAUAUUAUUCGAUGGACUGUUUGCUGCUCAGGCAACACUUAAAUACAUAAGUAAAGAUUUUAGCUUAACAAA